GUAUAAAUCAAAUCCCAAGAGGAUGGGCAACAAGAAGGCAUUUCUUGUUUCCUGAGAGGCGUUCUAGUUUUUUUCUCCGUCAGACUUGAAGGCGCAAAUCAAGGGCAGAGUCGGAGCAAAGCCGAAAUGCAUCGUCCCAUUGAGAAGAGGAAAACUAGUGCGGGCAGAAAUGCAGAAGAUGUUGAUACUGACGCAUCUGGUUCGAUGACCGCGCCAGCAGAAACUAAUUCCAGUGGAUCUAGUUCGUCUCCGACAGAAACUAACAAUGGUGCAUCUAGUUCGUUGACUGCGUCGACUGGAAAUUGCUACGAGGUGUUCUUGAGCUUCAGAGGCCCAGAUACUCGAAAAGGCUUCAUCGAUCACCUCUAUAAUGGGCUCUGCAAUGCCGGAAUUCAUGCUUUCAGAGACGAUGACGAGCUCCCCCAAGGCGAGAACAUCAGACCAGAGCUUUUGACAGCCAUCACGAACAGUAAAAUCCUAAUCCCCAUUCUCUCCGUGAAUUAUGGUACAAGUAGUUGGUGCCUAAAUGAACUGGUUCAAAUAAUGGAGUGCAAGAAUAAUAACGGGCACAUAGUGUUGCCUAUAUUCUACAAAGUGAAACCAGCUGACGUGGGAUAUCAAAUCGGGAGUUUUGGAAACGCAUUUUAUGAGCGUCAGAGGCGUUUGCUCGAGAGGUCUUCUUUCGACCCAACGAUUUCGGAGAAAUGGAAGCAAGCUCUCACCGAAGUUAGCACCUUGAAAGGAUACGAAGCCGAGGGGUAUGAAGGAGAGUUGGUGAAAUUGAUUGUUCGAAAAGUGUUGAGUGAACUGAAGAAGAAGUUUGAGUUGGUUAUUUCUGAGAAUUUGGUCGGAAUUAAUAGUCAUGUGAAGGAGAUUAUGGAAUUUGUGGAUAAUAAAUCUCAUGCCACCCUGUUUGUUGGCAUCCACGGAAUGGGAGGCAUUGGUAAGACUACUCUUGCUAAAACCAUCUACAAUAAGCUCUCGAAUCAAUUUGAGCAUCGUAGCUUCAUUGCUGAUGUAAGGGAAUCAUGGCAGCGUAAUGGUGCACAUUACUUACAAAAUCAGUUAAUCUAUGAUAUUUUGAAGAAAGAAAAUGCGGUUCGUAAUGAGGAUGAAGGGAUUAAUUUCAUCUCCUCCAAGUUUAAAAAUAAAAAGGUCCUCGUUCUUCUUGAUGAUGUCGAUGAUGUCACUCAGGUGAACCGUUUGGUUGGUAAUCAUGAUUGGUUUUCUUUAGAAAGUAAGAUCAUUAUUACCACCAGAAAUGAGAAGAUUCUUAGAGCAGCUAAGGUGGACUACACCCAUGAGCAUAAGGAAAUGGAUGACGAACAAUCUUUGAUUUUGUUUAGCAGACAUGCGUUUCGAAUGGACUCACCUCCAAAGGAAUUUGAGGACCUCACUCAUGAAGUUGUAUCCAUCACAAAUGGACUUCCCUUAUCCAUUGAGGUUUUAGGUUCAUUAUUGUGCGGAGAAAAGCAAGCAUUCUGGAGAGGUACAAUAGACAAGUUAAAAAAAGUGCCUCCCAAGGAAGUGCGAGCAAAGUUAAUGAUAAGUUACGAAGCAUUAGACUAUGAACAAAAACAAAUAUUUUUGGAUAUCGCUUGCUUUUGUAUUGGCACUGACAAGAGAAUCGCAUCCUACAUGUGGGAAGCCUGUCGCUUUUUCCCUGAUGAGGGAAUUGAAGUAUUGAGAUUCACGUCAUUAAUAAAAAUUGGAGAUAAUCAUGAUCUCCGAAUGCAUGACCAACUGAGAGAUCUUGGUAGGGAAAUAGUUCGAGAGGAAAAUCAGCGGGAGCCUCAAAACCGUAGCAGGUUAUGGGACUUUGAGGAAGUCCAGAAAGUGCUAGAGGAAAAUAAGGGAACGGACAAGAUUGAGGCGGUUGAUCUUAGUAAAGGCAACUCAGAAGGCUCCGACAAAACAACCGAGCGAGAUGGCGACAUUUAUACAGAAGAACAAUUCAAAAAAUUGACGAGUCUAAGAUUCCUUCACAUGGAUGGGGCACAAUUUAGUGGAGAUUUUAAAGACUCAAUGGAGGGGUUAAAAUGGCUUCGAUGGCAAAAUUGUCCCAUGAAUUUUAAAGUAAAAAAUUUUCCUGUAAAAGAAUUAGCUGUACUCGAAUUGUCAUACAGCGAGAUAAAUAAGAAACGGAAAGGGUGGAGUUCUUUCAUGGCAAGAACAAGUCGUUUUUAUUUUUUCCAUGUAUGCAAGAUAAAUAAGAAAUGGAAAGGGCGGAGUUCUUUCGUGACGGCGGAGAAGCUCAAAUAUCUCAGCCUCACGGAUUGUGAAUUCUUGCAAAAUACGAUCUUCCUCUCCGCUUUUAAGCAUUUGGAGGUUCUCAUCAUCGAAAAUUGUUGGAGACUGAAGCAGAUCGAUCCUUCAAUUGGAGACAUGAAGGCCCUCCUUCGCUUGGAUUUGAAGCGGUGUUGGUCCCUUAGAAAGCUUCCAGCAGAAGUAGAGUCUCUGGAGAAUCUAGAGAUUCUGGAUAUUUCUGGAACCCGCAUAGAAGAAUUACCCAAGGGUAUUGGGAGGUUGAGAAAGCUCCGAGAGUUACGCGCUUCACAUUGCAGAAAUCUGAAAGGGGAAUUGCCGGAGAGCAUGUGCAAUCUUUCUUCCCUACAACGCCUUGAUUUUCUUCUCUGCAGAAAGCUCCAAUCACUGCCGGACGACCUUCCUUCCAGCUUAACAGAUUUGAGCGUCACCUGUGGAAGCCACAAAUUGCCCUCACUUUCCCACCCAACCCAUCUCAAGCGACUAGAAGUUUAUUCAUGUGGAUCUCUCGAGUACAUCGAAGUGCUUCCAUCAACACUAUCGAAGAAUUCAGAAUGCUCCCAACCGACAGACAUUGAAGAAUCAGAAUUACCACAAUCCCUAAACACUCCCUCCGAGUUGGAAAUCUUGAAGGUUUGGCACUGUCGAUCUAUUAAAACAGUGGACGUUUCACAGUUUAUCCAUCUAAGGACAUUAUACAUCUAUGAUUGCAAGAAUCUAGUUGAAGUUCGAGGUCUUGACAAAUUGAUAUAUUUGGAAAGCUUGACUGUCUCAGUGUGCGGUUCAAUUGAGAGGCUGCUCCUUCCAAAAUCCAAGAGCCUGAAGAAAUUAGAUGUUCGAUGGUGCACGAAAUUACCCGAAAUUCAAGGCCUCGAUAGGUUAGAGUUUUUGGAAAGCCUGAAUGUCUCUGAGAGCCAUUCAAUUGAAAGGCUAGACCUUCCAAAAUCCGGGAGGCUGAAGAUAUUAGACGCUGAUGAAUGCAAAAACUUAGCUGAAAUUCAAGGCCUCGAUAGGUUGGAGUUUUUGGAAGAACUGAGGAUCGGUGGAUGCGAGUCACUCAAAACAAUUCCAGAAUUAUCUGGAGUGCGGAUUUAUCGAAAUUACGAGCGAAAAUAACCAUUUCGGUCAGCCGUGUGAGUAAUAUACUGGAAAUGGUCCAUAUUUUCUAACUAAGGGUACAUAAAGUAGGUAAGUUACCUUUGCUCUUUUGAGAUCUACCGCCCAAUUUUCAUUUGUAUUUCCUGGUUGACAGUGUCAUGAUUGUAUCCUUACUUGGAUUCAAGGUAUUCAGGGGAGAUGUUCAUGGAAGUCAAUGUGUGCUUUGGCAAUAUGAUUCUGCUUAUCAUGCCAGCAAUGGAAAUAGAAGAAAAGGCUUUCUAAGCGCAUCAUUUGUCAUUAGUCUUUCGGGGAGGAUCCGUCAUCCUAUGCAGAAAAAUAAAGAUUCUCGACGUUUGAUUGAUUCUGGAAUGUUGGAGGUACUGAAUAAAAACCGAUGUAUACAGAAUUCGGUUAUCAUUCCACUGCUUGAUGUAAAUGCUGAAAUAUCCAAGAGAGCUUUCGCAAGGCAUUUCUAAAAGGAAUCGAAAUCAUCAAAGGAUCUUGAGCUCGAUGUUCCAGGAACUUGUCCAAACCCUGACAAUGCAUCCUUGGAAUGGUAAAGGUUGUCAGCAUGUUGUCAUCCCAGGUUGCCCGUAUUAUAUUUGACAGAAGCUUUUCGGAGAUGAAACUGUCAGCCUCCACUCCUGUAAUCAAGUCUGUUUGUCUCUCUUAUUUUCUCUCCAACCUGUUCCUCUUCUGCAAUAUUCUCUGCAUACUCUCGGACUCGCUGGCUUCUCAGGUGAAGAUGGCGGAGUGGAAUCCGGAGAAGGAUUUGCUGGCCAUAGUCACGGAGGAUGAGAAGGUGGUGCUUCAUUGCUUCAAUUGGCAGAGGCUGUGGACAAUUCGAGAAAGUUCUCUUUUUUUCUAUUUGAGUGUGUUCUUGUCUUCAACGAUGGCUUAUUGUACCCUUUGAGUCAUUGGCCUUAUUUCGUUUUAGUUCUUUCGCUUUUCCUAAAUGUGCUGUGCUUCCUUCUGGUCCAAAUUGCAUUCAAUGGAGAAUUGGACGAACAUAGAGGUAAAGUGCUCGAAUGUAUGAACAAGAAGACCACGUUGAACUUAAGGAAUUGGUGUUUUACACAAAAAUGAAGAGUGAAUGACGGUGAUACAAGAUGAAAUUUAGAGAUGACUUAGUUGCAUGUAAAUAAUUCCAAGCUGAUAUCUGUUGAAUGGAGGGACUUUUAUUUAUAGCAGCGAUACAUUCCUGUUAACUUCUAGACAAGGUUGGUGCCUUAGGGGAUUUUUUUCCAUAUCUUAACCGAUGGUCAUUUAGACCAACCGGAAGUGUACCAUACUCCUGUUUUGCCAUCUUGUUGCCCUUUUUGGUGGACCAGUUAAAGUGUCCAUGAAAAAUAAAGAACUCGACUUGGAGGGGAUGUCAUUUAUGCUAGAUAGUCUAGCUAUGUCAGAUGCUGAAAUGCUAGAUGCCAACAUGGAGUUGGCAGGUUUAGCCCAUGCAGAGUACCAUCUCAAUGUCGUCAGGCAUCUAUGUAGUUUUCCUUCGAUUUCUGUUGGUGACUCACGAUGUAAUAUUACUUCUGGCUCCUCUUCUUGUGCUGAUUGAGCGUUCCCUACAAGGAGAGAUUUAGUAUAGUCUGGAAAGUUUCUCACAUUUUGUAUUGCUAAAAUAUAGAGUCUAGUCUGGAAAGUUACUCACAUUUUGUAUUACUUGAAGUUAAAUUUAUCUUCUUCUGAUUAAAGGGGCAUUUCGUCACAUCAUUUUGACUAAUCAAGUUCGUUGUUGGGAAUUUAACUUACUUGUGAAUAGGAUAUAUCUCAAGCUAUGCUGCAUAUUUGUACACAAUCUGGUCAGGGAUGGAGGGAGGAGUUGGAGAAAGUGAAGAGACUAGGAGGGUAGGGGGAGCUGCAUCUCAGUAAAUGUAUAACAUCAUUAUGCUAGCGUCCUGAUGGGACUAGAAGACGGUACGGUUUUACUGCAUGAUGUUGAAGUGACUGAUAUAUAUGGAAACUACCUUUCUACUGAAGAAGCUAAUGGAUCUAAAGUGAUCAAAUAAAGGAGCUUUGCAAGUUAUGUUAGAUUUAAAGUUUGUAUAUGAUAUUCUUUCUGUAGGUGAUUCCACUACGGAUGAGGAGUUGUCUAGAAGUUCAAAGCCAAAGUAUUCGUUUAGGCAAAAGGAUCAAAGACAGAAAAAGUCUGCCAUCAGAACAUGUAUGGAUGGAUUGGUACAUUGUCUUUCACAGAGAUUGGGUCCCAUAGACUGGCUCACGUUAGAGCCAUAUCUGUGGGAGAAUGAGAGACAGUCAUAUUUACGGCAUGCUGUCCUCUUCAGGUUCUUUGUGCAACUUAAUCGGUUGUAUGUGGAUACAGUGCAGAAACUGCCCUCGAAUGCAGAAUCAAAUAUUACGAGAUGCUCCACAGUUCCCCAGUUUAAAUACUUCCAAUCAGUGUACCUGCAUUGUCUUCAAGGAAGACAUCUAAAGCAACUACUGGUGUUUCUAUAGAACAUUUUUCAUUGAAGAGUCGGAAAUCUUAUAGUAAUGGAGAAAUUUCUCGAACAAAUGAUUUGGAUGACGGAUCAUCUUCUAGAGUUGCAAACUCCAUUGUUGAAGUCGUUUAUGCAGGUUAGCAGCAGAUUUGGAGAGAACACAUUGAAACUGGGAUCCAUCCUGACUGAUGGUCAAAGUGGGCAUAUUCAAGGACAGUUCAGCCGCCGCCUUAUCGGCAUUCAGUGAUGUUUUACCUGUGCAGGCCCUUGUUUCAUCCUUCACUGCAACCCAACAGAUGCUUGAAUGAGAAUUAUUUACACUAUGCCAAUUGAUAUUUACAUCGGAAGCCAUGACAGGUAAAACGUGAGGCUUUUUCACACUUUGGCUUCCGGCUUUUUUAAGUUUCACCCGAGAUUCUGGGGUACUUCCGGAUUAGUGGUGUGGCCCAAAAGCUGUAUUUAUAGGACAACAGAAUGAAAAAGAGAAUACCUUUUGGAUUGAGAGUGAGGGGCAAGAGCUGGUGUUGGUUAAGCAAGAUCGAGAAAGGCUUCGUAUUUGUUGCGGUUUGCUAAAGGAAUAAGUGAGCUGGUUCAGCAUUUUUUAUUACAUACCUUUAUUAGCUGUAGACAUUUGCAAAGCAUAAAAUGGAUGUUAUACUAUCAUAGGAGAUGGCGGCAGUGUCGAGGGAAGUUCGUUUCGUAAAAAGAAGACUUCCAAGUGAGGCGUAUGCUUGGACAGAAAGCUAUGAGACGCCCCCAUCAUCUGCCAAUCACUUGAUCCUAUCAUUCAAAUUUUGUAUCCCAUGCAUUAUUUCAAUUCCGUAGACAAGAUUAUGUUACAACAAUGUAUAAUUUUGGCUUCCUGGAUGGCUGGAUCUUUUUCCUUACUACCUUGUGCUCUUUUUUCAUUUUGUGUAGCUUAAUGCAUUUUCAUUACAUUGUAAAAGCUUUGAUGUAACGUAUCUUGAACUCAACCUAAGCCAUCCAUUGCUUUGAAUUCAGUAGACUGGACUUCCUAUUGAAUCA